AUGCAGGAUCGAACCUAUGAACAUCUCGCUGCUCUUGUAGUCACCAAUCUUGUCCAUCAGCAUGGCUGGACUGAGAUUAAAUCACAUCCGGUCGGCGGCGAAGACUGCACCGCACCUCGGAGACUGAUCAUCACCGGCCUCCCCCAACGAAGACUUUACAUCCACCCCGACGAGCAGGUCGAGGCGCUGGAGGACGGAUAUGCAUCCGAGCAUCAACAUAUACAGGAACCCGAGUUCGAAUGGGUUCUUCCUCUCCACAUCACAGAGUCGGUAACGUUGGGCACAUUCUCAACAUUGUUCGACUCUAUCAGCGUUCUGCCUCGUCCUGUCGAGUCACAUGCCCACCAAGCAAGCCAUGGCGAUACGCGUGACUGGAGAUGCUCAGCACGUCACAAAAGAUGCCUGAUUGCUCUACUGCACGAUGACUCCACCGUGUCGUACUACCUAAUGCAUGACGGCAUUGUUAAACCACGGCAGAACUAA